CCCCGCUCCGCGUCCAGGGGUCCCGCGACCUCGCCAUGGGGCCCGGCCCCUCUCCUCGCCCGGGCCCCGCGCCACGACCGUCUCGCGUGGCCUUCGCCGUGCUGCUCUGUGCCGCCCUGUUGCUGCCGCCGCCUGUCCGCGGCGCCGGUGAGCGGCGGCGCCUGGCGUGCUCCACCUGCCGGGGCAUCGUGGACAGGUUCAACCAGGGUUUAGCAGAUACAGCUAAAAAAAACUUUGGUGGUGGAAACACUGCUUGGGAAGAGAAGACACUGUCGAAGUAUGAGUCCAGUGAAAUUCGUCUUGUUGAGAUCAUAGAGAAUCUGUGUGACAGUAGUAACUUCGAAUGUAACAACAUGGUAGAAGAACAUGAAGAACUUAUAGAGAAAUGGUGGUUCAAAUUAAAGAAGAAGUAUCCAGAUUUGUUUAAGUGGUUUUGCAUUGAAACAAUAGAAGUUUGCUGUCCUGCUGGAACUUAUGGACCAGAUUGCCUUGCUUGUCAUGGUGGAUCAGAACGACCUUGCCAUGGAAAUGGCCACUGUGACGGUGAUGGUACCAGAGGUGGAGAUGGCUCAUGCAGCUGCAAGAAGGAGUACACGGGACAAUUUUGUUUGGACUGUUCUAGUGGUUACUUCAGUUCCUUGAGAAAUGAGACACAUUCUGUUUGUACAGCCUGCCAUGCUGCUUGUAAGACUUGUACUGGUUCAAGUAACAAGGACUGCCAAGACUGUAAAGAAGGCUGGAUUAAAAAUGAAGGUGGAGCUUGUGUGGAUUUAGAUGAAUGUGCUGCUUCUCCUUGCAAAGAUCACCAGUAUUGUUUGAACACAGAUGGAUCUUUCUCAUGCAAAGCAUGUGAUGCCAGCUGUGUCGGUUGCACAGGAGAAGGUUCUGAAAAAUGUAAGACCUGUGCAUCUGGAUACGUGAAGGAAGAUGAGAAGUGUACAGAUAUAGAUGAAUGUAACCUUCCUGAAAAGGUCUGCGUGAAAGAGAAUCAAGACUGUGUUAAUACGUCAGGUAGUUACAAGUGUGUCUGUUCAGAAGGGUUUGAAGAUAAGGAUGGAACCUGUGUUCAAACUGUAAAACCAGGAGAGGAAGUAGAAACAACUGAGCCUUCACAUACUGAACAUGUUGACUUAUGAUCUGCGUUCAGAACCAAAAGACAUUCCUAUCUAAAGUUUUAAAUUAUUGGACUAAGCCUCUGCUAGCUGACAUACUGUGGAAGUGGUAUGAAAUACACAGGUUGCCAUUAAGACUUUGUUUUUUCAAUGGUGACAACCUGCUCUUUAAGCUGCAUUUCUUUAUUCUUAAAUCCCACUUUUUUAUAUAAUUCUUUAAAAACAACACUCUAGAUGAGUUACUAUAAAAUUUGAAUGAAGGUAACACUGUACUCAGCAACUGUAAACAACUUGCAGGCUUUCUCAUUCUAGUGCCUACUGAAAGCUAUUACCUUCUGGAAGAAUUUAGUUGCACUUCAUAAUUCAAGGAAAAUUUAGACUGAAGUUUGUUGUUUCUAAUCAUGAGAAAUAUUUCUGUAAUUGAAAUACAGCUUUUGGAAAUUGUCAAAGGGAAUCUCUCUGGGGGGGAGGGAAGCACUGUUCCCUUAAACAAAAUAGAAUGCCUAAUAUUGCAUUCAAUAAAGGUUUAUUUUGUUGGAAUGUGCCUUAAAAUUUUUAAGAUGGUAAUACCUUGAUGUGUUGUCAUGCCUAUUUUUCUUCAGUGAAAAAAUCCCAAAAUCACAAAAGUGACCCAAACAACCCUCAAACCCCAGAACCUUGUGAACUGUAUUUCAGUUCAGCACUGAAUUCUAGCACUCAGUUGCAUUGGAAUAUGAGUAUGAACAUGAAAUAAAAACCCCAACCCAACAACAUCCCUUCUCUCACACAUGCUUUCCUCUACAGGAAGAAUUAUGUCAACUUUUCAAAGGCAGGUGAGCAGGUCUUUCUGACAGAUACAUGCAUCAACUAUGUAACCUAGUACAGAAAGUGAUGAAAAGUAGGUUUGGCUAACACAUACCUGCAAUGGCUCAUAGUUAUUAUGUGAGUACUGUCUAGAAUUGAUGAAUAUAGGACUUUCACUACAGCCUACUGCUGUGUGUAAUGGCUACCUUUGUACUGCAGAGCAAGCAUACUACAAUCUUUUUCAUCUUUUCUCUUGUGCCUUUUCAGAGGGAAAGCUUAUAAGCACAGCAUAGACACAACCUUUCUAUGUGUUGUCUCUAAGCUUAAAGGCAAGUAUAAGAGCUAAAAUGGAUAUAUCCUUUAGGACUGUCAUAGUUGUAAAUAAAAUAAGGUCCAUCCACACACAGUCAGUCAAGUUUGGAAUACAUUGUGGUGGCAGAUACAAGGAGUAUAACAAGAGCUUGUAGAAUACAACUAAGACGAGCACAGUUUAGGCUUGACUGUGAAGAAGUUUUAAACAGUACCCUGAGUUAAGGGGACAUAAAAAGGCUAUGAGUAGGAUUGACCUAUUCUGAUCUUUACUGCUCAACAGAAAUCUUCUACAUACUUCUGAAGACUUUGAACAAAGUCACAAAAAAGUCACUAGGUCACAGUACAUGGAAGAUUUGUAUGUGUGAUAGAUACCUAGCUGAAUAUUGUACAAAAUCUGAUUCUGUUGGAUUCUUAUGUCAAAAGCUGUCUAAGCUGAUCUUGUGCAUGGUAGUUUAAAUACCUAGUGGUAUUAAGGUAUCUGCAACAGUUUUCUUUAAGUCAGUUUUCUUUAGCUGUUAUAUCUAGAUGUUUCUUAACUUGCCAAGUUAAUAUUAUCUUGCCUAAUCUUCAGUGCUUUCUCAGCUGUAAUUGUCAAAGAUGGGCCUAUUUGUCACAAAAUCUUGCAAGUUGGAGAGUAGGCAUUGUAUUUAAUUAAAAGGAGGAAAAAGUAGGCAGUUUGGGAAGCACAAGAAAUACAAUGCAAGGAUCUUUAAAGUUUUUUAGUACAGGUGUAGCCAGUUACAUUAGUAUUAGCCCCUAAGGGUCCUGGAGGAGUGAAGCUUCUCUAUGUUACUUACUCACAUUUAACUCCCAGGUGUUGCAGGCUGUGGUAUGAAUGGUUAUUAAUCGUAACAGGAAAUGUUGAUUCUGUUUAGAAGCUACCAUCCACUCGCACUCAAGAAUGCUGUCUGUCCAGUACAAACUCUUCUGUUAGUGUUCCAAGCCUGAGAUAAUGCUUCCCGAUUAAAAAAAACUUGCUAAGUUCCUUUCAACUUUCUUGGGACUCUGGGGGCUACCUGAUGACGUACUUAACUACACAGUGGAAGCAUUUGCUUCCCACCUCCCAAAGCUUUGGACAGAAAGCCUUAACUGAAUUGUCUUAGUUAAGCUCAACACUGAGAUGAAUUGAUAAAAACCAAAAGAUUCAAUAAUUUGCUUUUCUGUGGUGAUAAAGAGGAUAAACUCUUCCUCGCCUGACCUGCAAAAGUAAUGAGUAGUCUUAUACAGCCAGACUGUGUUUCAGUUCUGGAGAAAAAUGUCUUCAGCUUCCCAUUACCAGAGCAGAACCAUCAUAGUGUUGUUCCCUACGAAACAUACAGGUGUAGUACCUGGGUGUUAGGAGUCACUAAUAUUCUAUUUUCCUCAACUCUCCCGUUCUCCUGCCACCAAUUAUAGGCACGUGUUGCUUUGUAUUAAAUUCUUGUGGGAUCCAGAAAGGUGAAUUAAAAUAUUCAGAGCUUUGACUGAAGGAAUAUUGGCCAAGGUAUGUAUGCAAUAAAUAUUUAGUACUAUGCUACUGUCUUAUGCUCUCUUGGUGCUGAGUUUUUAACUAGUUAGUUCCCUUGUUUUAUUCUGUGUUCUCUUUUCAUGUUUCAGACUGCAAUUACCGCUGCAUUUUAGCAGUUGAAACUAAAAAUUUUUUUGACUGAACUUAAUAAUUUUUCCCCCUCUGUCUUGAAUACAGUGGGGAUUGGACUGUGAGUUUUCUUGGGUUUUGCCCUUUAUAAUCAGAAUGAAAGGGGUGGAGGAGCAGGAUUUGAACUGAUCAGCAGAAACUGGUGAUGAAGUGCAUUUUGUUAACCAAGCCAGUUCAGACUAUCAAUGCUUUCUCCUGUAUGUGUUAAUACUUUGGUGCUAAAAGAAAGUGAACUGUUUCCAUUAUUUUUUUCAUUGUCUUCCUAGGAUAUCUGGUUUUGUGGUACUAGAGUUUGUACUUAGGGUUGUCUGGAAUUAUAGGUCUUAUGUCCAACUAUACAAAUGUGUUGGUAAAUACUUCAGAAGUGAUCUGAGAUACCCAACAAACAAGGUUUGUGCCUCAAUGAAGUGUUGGUUAUGUACUUCUGUCAUAAAUACCCCAAGGUGAACUAGACCCACACCUAUGAUUUAUUUUGUAAAUGUCAUACUGUGGUAUCAAACUGGAAGCAGCAUUGCUUUUCCUAGAUUGUUUUGCUACUACUUUGGGGUUUCUUGACCAAAAACUAAGUGGGAUUUUUGCCAUAGGAAAUAGUGCUGAACAGUGUAUCUAGGCAUUUGAAAGGACAAGAUUCUCUUGUAUGUGAUAGCUGGAUUCCAUGGAAGGUCCAGGAACACUUUCCAGGAGCAAGCAAACUUAGAGAUCUUCAUAUUUCAAUUGAGGCUCUAAACAGACCAGGAAAGCAGUCUUAAGUAUGCAACAUCUAUACCACAAUCCUGCAGUAUCUAAACUUAGAAGUCAAGAUACAUGCUGAAAUGUUUUCAGCUGAACAUUGGUAAAUAAUACCGAGUAUUUUCUUUGAUGUGAAUUCCUAGCAUGUCUGUAGUAGACACUGAGUUCUCUUCAAAGUGUAAUAACAUCCAUUCCUAAAUAAGGUAAAUGAAUUUUCUUUUGCAGAAUACCUUGAUGACUUAGGUAAUUUAGGAAGGUAGCGAUCACCUGAAAGGAUUCAAAUCAUAAUCUUUCUCAGGAAAGGUGCCAAAGUCUGUAAAUUAUAGACAAGAUCAGGACACCGGUGACUGUAAAAUAUAUGGGAUAUACUGUACAAACACAGGAUUUUUUAUGGAUGACAAGGACUGAUCAUACAUCAUCCUAACAUGUAUGGGAGAGGUACUACUCAGGCAAUUGUCAGCUGAAGAGUCAAACAAUGGCUUUUGCAAGUUGAAAAAACACCAAGAAUUGUGAAAAUUACCAAAUCAGACUUCUAGCAUAAAGCUCUCAGUGUAUAUGGCACUAUGUGGAUAUAUUGAGACAAUUCUCCUUGAUGAACAGCGUGCACCCUGCCCUUCAGGUUACUUUCAGACCAUUCUUAAUACAAAAUAAGGCACACAAGCAAUUCAAGUUUGUAUUAACAAGUGACUAACUGAAAAAAAGUGUGCUGAGAGAAAAAUAAACAAUAAAGCCCCCUGCAACAAAAUAAAGACUUUAAAAGAUCCAAGGAGUCCUGGAUCACAUGUAACAAUAAUACAAAGGACAGUUGUCUAUAAUGGUCCUAGAUAACCUGAUACCCCUCCCUUCCCUCUCUGUCAGACUGCUAUGGAUUCUUGCCUAAGAUUGUAUUUUAUCUGUUCUGAAAGAAAUCUUCUGAGGAUAUUCAAAGCAACUGCCUGUGCUUUUUUCCCCCCUUCCUUGAAUCAAAGCUGAGUUUUUCUCAUUCCUUUCAGCAACUUCAUACCUUGUCUAAUUUCAUGGUUUCAUUUGCUGUAGACACGCCUGUAGACAGCCCUUAAUAGUCCUCAAAUCCCUUGCCAAUUCUCCAAGCAGGUUUUGGCUUUCUUGAUUCCAUCUCUUCAUACCAAGACAGUGGCUCUGUAUUCCUUCCAGGUCAUUUGUCACUGUUUCACCUUGUGUGUUCCUUUUUAUGACUUUAGUCAGGAACUUGUUGUUCAUUCUUGUCAGCCUCCUGCCACACAUUAGGAUUGGAGAAAGUCAUCACUGAAAAUCAACCAAUUGCCUUGGACUCUUCUGUCUAGGAUGUCUGCCUUAUCUUUCCUCUCAUGCUGAUGCCUGAACUGCCCAGAUCUACUCUUCUGAUAUAAAGGGUUAUGAUUCUGCUACUGCUUUGAAGGCAAAAUAAUAUUUGCUUACACUUCUUGAUCUACUGCUGAGAUCAAAAUACUGUCUCUCUACUUAAUGGUGCUUUUUUGUUGAAUCCAACCUUAGUCAGGGGGGUAGGCUCUGUAGGCUCUUUGGGACUAAAGGUCAUCUUUUUGAUCUGUUUUUGUUAGAGAUGGGCCCUGAUCCUCACAUAUCCCCAAGUUUGCAUCACAGCAUUUGAUGUGUAGGAUUCACAUCUAGCUCUGCAUAAACUAGUGUAGAAGCUGCAUGAGCAUAGCUGAGAAGUUGUGCAGCUAAAAUAAUGUGUUUCUCCUGCUGAAUUCUGUAUUUGCAGUACACAGUAAACCCAAGAGGGAGGAAAAAAACCCAGAUCUUUAAAUACAUAUUAGGGCUGCUAUGUCAGUAUUUUUAAGCAUAUUUGAGAAAUUAUGGAUACUUUGGUGGUGGUACUUCAUGUUUUGCAAAUUGUGAUGUCCACAUAGUGUAUCAUUUUGGUAGAUUAUGUAUACAGUAACUUCACAAAUCUUCCUGUAUCGCUGGGGGA